GUGUCUAGAAUUUAGGGCUUAACGGCAAUGGAGGUUUUAGUGGAAGCGCUCGAGGAGAUGUUGGGGAAGUUUCGCUCGUCUUCUCCGCGGGGAUUCGUCGAGCCGGUGCUCGCCUUCGUUCACGCCGUGGAUUGGACUGAGCCUUGGAUUGGUGCGCUAGUAGCCUUUCAUUUGUUUCUUCUCGUGUUUAUUCUAUGGACAAGGAGAAACACCGAUUUGCAAAUGGCCAUCUUCUUCCUCUCGAUGUUUGGAAUCUACUUUGCGCAGACGAUCAAUUCUUUCCUGGCUCGGCACUGGCAGAAGUUUUCUCGGCAGCCUUACUUUGACAAGCGCGGCGUGUUCAUCUCCACUCUGUGGUCCGGCCCGCUGCUUGUAACAUCAAUGGUGAUUCUGGUGAAUAGUCUCUUGCAGAUGGUAAGGCUGAUGGUGAAGUGGAAACGAGCGGAGCUUAAGCACAAAGCUCGACUAGCUCAACAACACAAGACUGACUAGCAAAGUAUUGUCGGAAACACCACGAGGUUAUGUCGGUUUUAGCUGUUUCUUACGAAAUCUUCUGGAAGUACCCUGGCAAGAUCAGAAAAAAAAAGUCUUGCAAGAUCCAAACGCGACGACUUCCUGAAAAAAAAUAGUAACGAGGAAUAGUAUAUGAUGCGAAUAUUCUAAA